AGUGAAUUUACACAUACUGAAUUCUAGUUAGAAUGUGUCUAUAAUACUUGGUAUAAGUUAUAUAAACUCAUUUGGCACAAUUAAUAGGGAGUAGUUGCACUUGCUGGUAAAGAUGCUAAAAAACUGUUAGGGUUCCCUGGUUCUCGCCUCAGCUCCACCCUGCCCCUAGUCUAGGAAUUGUUCACAAAUUAGGGAUAGCCAGUGAAUGUGCAACACACACCCCAUCUGUAUGGCUACUGGGAAUCCUCCAGAGAGGAUAUCCAGUCAGUUUCUAUUCCUCAAGUAAUGGAAAGGAGUGGAGAAGGGUUGAGAAUCUGGCCCAAUGUUGAGAUUUUGGGAUUAACACACCAAAGUGGCAAUUUAAAGAUUAGUAUCUUGUGACACUACCAUAAAAUCAUUCUAGUUGCAGAUACCAACAUCAUAUAUCCUCUUGUUCAAAUAUAUUGAGAUUUCUGUAUUUAACAAUGCAAAUAUAACUGAAGUGCUAACUAGUUUUUUAUUCUGUUAAAUAUUUGGGUGUAAAAUUCAAUUAAUUGAAAAGGGCAUUCAUUAUACCAACUUGCUAUAGCAUAUGGAUCCAAGGGCUAUAAAUAAAAUAUGUUGCUGAUUACUUUCUAAAAUAGCUCAAUUGUAUCUAAUACAUUUAAACAUUGUAUCCCAUAAUUCUAAUAUUUGUUGCCAUUAUAGCUACAGUGUGGGUGGAAAAAGCUAAACCAGAAAAGAGCAGAUCUAAGUGUAAGCUACUUUGCAUAUUGUCAAUUGACUAUAAAUUACGCCAGUCUUUGACUCAACAAAACAGCACUGGAACUACAUAGUUCAGGUAAGAGAUUGUCAAAGAAAGCAAUAUGUAUUGGCAAAUAUAUAACAUUAUGGCUUGAAUAAAUAUCUAUGAAAAUUGAGGUAAAUAACUUCAGUAUUUCAAAUAGUCUAUUUUUAAUGUCUAUUUAGAAUGACCCAUUGUUUGAUAAAAUAAGUUGCACUGCCAGGUAAGAAUUGAAAAUAUUAACUUUAAAACUUUUAAUUUUCAAUGCAAAAUUCUGAUAUUUUACAGACAUUUUGAGCAACCUGAAAAUUCUGUUUCCUUGGAUUACUUGAGAAUUUUCUCCAUCUCAAAACAGCUGGAAUUUAAUCUGAACAACUUUCAUUAGCAUUGUUUAAUACUGGCUAUAAAGAUGAUGCUCAAAUAAUCCUGUAUCGGGGGAGCAGGGGACGAUGCCGAUUCUGCAAAACAGUCCUGGGUACAGGAAUCCAUCAGGAAUCCUCUUCAGAGGAGACGUGGAACCAGUGUGUCACUUUACAGACAUAAAAAUAAGAUUGAGGUCCCUGCACAAAGGAGUUUUCAACCUAAUUGCAACAUUAUACAGUGAGUGAAAACAUCAAACAUGUAGGUGAAAAGACAAAAUAAGGGAAGAGUUUAAAACUCUUUGAUGAAUGUUUUGUUUGGCUCAGUGAAGGUUACGGGCACUUGAGUGGCAAUGUUUUUUUGGGGGAAUGAUGGGAUGGAGAGGUUGUUUACUUUGCCAGUGCGUGAUGGGUGUAUGGGAGUGCCUGUGUCUCUCUGAGUGGCAGAGUGCUAACUGAAAGUGGUGAGGGUUGAAGAGGGAAUUGAAGGAGAUUGAAGUCACUAGAAGCACAGGAGGAAGGAACAAGAAUUCAGCCAGUUAUAUUUUAUAUAAUGCCAGCAAUAAGUACUUUUUGUCAAUUUCAGACUGAGCUGGACAUAUGUUUGGAAAUGAGGAUCUGAUGUUACAAAUGCCAAGUUAAACACAAAACACAAUGGAUAGUAAAAGCUACUGUAACUUCAUGGACAGGUUGUCCAUCUACGACUCACAACAUGUACAACUGACUAGGCCUUUCGGUGGGGACCCUAUUGUCACGUUUCAUGUGUACCCUGAGACACCUACCCAGUUCACUUGCUCUGAGGAUUUGCCACUUCUUCCUUUUACAUCUGAGGAGUUGAUCACAGAGAACUUUUAUACUGAUCCUUGCAACUUUCCUUACCAAGUGGCCCAGGCUAAUUAUGGCAGAGGUGACUAUUCCUAUGGACCAGCUUUCAUCAGAAAGAGGAAUGAAAGGGAAAGGCAGAGGGUUAAGUGUGUCAACGAAGGAUACGCCAAACUCCGACGUCACCUGCCUGAGGAAUACUUAGAGAAACGGCUCAGCAAAGUAGAAACACUUCGAGCUGCAAUAAAAUACAUUCACUAUCUACAAUCUGUUCUGUACAGUGAUUCUGCAGUGACAGAGAAGAAUAACCUGGAACUGGGCCAUACUUCCAAGGCAAUUACCAGAGAGAUCCAGUUUUGAUGAGUAGCUGAACUGCUCCAGGGAAGAAAAAUAAUCACAGCUGAGGCUAAUAACAAUCACAUUAUUGGUGACACAAAUAUUUCUGUGAAACACAUUUUAUGAACUGUACAAGGCACACAUUUCUAGCUGUCUACUGGGGAAAGAGUUUAAAUUAACCUACAGGGAAUUACACGGAGAUGAGAAAUCUACAGGAAAAUUAAAUGUAAACUCUUCUUUAGUUAAUUCUUGGAAAUUAGAAAAAAAAUCCUUUAACUUAGUUAGAAACCAAAAGUAUGACUAUAUAUCAUUUUUCAGAAAGGAGCAAAUGUAUACGCCAUCUCAGUCUGCUCUUUUUAAAUAAAGUGUAACCUUCUCAUG